AUGGAUGUGAUGCGGACCAAAGAUGGACAGCUCGUCCUCUUUCAUGAUGUGCCUGUGGAGAAGAACUUGGAGAAGUUGACUGGCGUCGCUGGCGACGUUUCCAGCUACGACUACGACGACCUUCCGGACUUCAAGAGAGAGUUUGAGGCCUCCCCUAUGUGCCCACCUGGCAGCAAGCCAGUGCCCGUGCAACAGAGGCGCAUGAGCCUCUUCAAAGAUGCCUGUCGGGCCCUGGCUGCCAGCCGCACAGAUCUCAUUCUCGAGUUCUGGCAGGAGUCGGAAGUGGUCGUGCUGGAAGCUUUGGAGGUGCUUCGGGAAUUCGGGCUGCAAAACCGUGUGGCCGCGUGGGGCUCUCCGGAACUCGCCGCGAUACAGCAGUGGUGCCGGAAGGCAUGCCCGGAGAUCCCGGUCAUCGUUACCUUCAAGCAAUCCUUCCUGGUCUGGUUCUAUUGGAAUCUGGGACUGCUGCGAUGCGGCUAUCCGACAAGGCGGUUGCUGCCAUUCUUUUCCGAGAGCGAGCCCAGGGUCGUCUUCAACGUGCUUCACGUUUCGGAGGCCCUGCCUCACGCGAUCUUCAAGCUUGCCAAAGUCGACCCAGAGCAGUCGCCGAUUCGUGCUGGCCUGAUUCGCCUGCUGCUGCGACUGCUCAAGGCCUUUACUGACACGCCGCGGCUGUUUGGCUUUCUCUCGGAACGCCACAAGGUCCCCACCGUGCUCUUCAUCGCCAAUACGGCAAGGGAUGUGGCCACCUGCAGCUCAUAUCCUGGCGUCGUUGCCGUGCAGACCGACUUCCCGAAGCAAUUUCGAGCGGACUUGGCGAUGGCUAAGUAG